CCGUUGACUGAAUAGAUGCUCCCAGCUUCUGUGAGCGGAGCGGAGCGGAACACUUGCUGUGCUGUGGAGAAAAGGGCCAGAGGACGGAGAGAAAGUGGACGCCGCUCCGAACAAACAAAACAGAUCACUUUCACUCGACCCCACAACAACAUGGCUUCAAAGUGCCCCAAGUGUGACAAGACCGUGUAUUUCGCUGAAAAGGUGUCAUCACUCGGGAAGGACUGGCACAAGUUGUGUCUCAAGUGUGACCGCUGCAACAAGCUCCUGAACGCUGGAGGCCACGCUGAGCACGAUGGAAGGCCCUACUGCCACAAACCAUGCUAUGCUGCCCUCUUUGGGCCCAAAGGUGUGAACAUUGGUGGAGCCGGCUCUUAUGUGUACGAUACUCCAGCCAACAACAACCCGUCUCCCACUAGUGUGGAUUCAGCUACCAAAUCUGAGGAGAAGCGAGUGUUCGCACCCAAGGCAGCGUCGAAAGCAGCUGGCAGCAUCACCACUUUUUCUGGAGAGGCCAACCUGUGUCCCCGAUGCAGCAAGAGGGUGUAUUUUGCUGAGAAGGUGACAUCACUGGGCAAGGACUGGCAUCGACCCUGCCUGCGCUGUGAGAGGUGCAGCAAGACUCUGGCUCCGGGCAGCCACGCAGAGCAUGACGGCCAGCCGUACUGCCACAAACCGUGCUAUGCUGUUCUCUUCGGGCCCAAAGGCGUGAACACUGGUGGUGUGGGCAGCUACAUCUAUGACAAGGAGCCCAGUGCAGUGACCGAGCCUUGAACCUUUGUCCCCUCAGCCUCAUCCCUCUUCUCUACACAACACUGACCAUCAACCACAGUAUUAUUUGUAGCCUUUUUCUCUUCCCCACCUGUGCGUUCAUACCUGAGACAACCAGCCUUCUGCUCCAGAUCCUUUUCUCCUUUAUUCUGACCCGCUCCCGGCAGAUUUAGCACCAUGAGGAAUGAUUUCAAAGACGUGUUUUAUGUUUUUGCUCCAUGAGAGCCGUCAGCACAACCACAUGCAGUAUUCCCACAUGAUUUGUAAAGGUUAUUACACACCAUUCAAAUAAUUUCAAACAUUUUUGCCGUGUUUACACAAUUAUAUAUGUAUGCGAACACAUUAAAUGUCACCACAAAAAAAUAUGAAGGUGUUAUAUUUCAAUUUUGUACCCUGGCAACAGUGUGACUGAGAAUGAAAUGACGUAUGUCUAAAAGAAUUGGAUGAAAAGUGAUUUACAGGUGUGGAAAGGUGCAUUGUGGGUGGAGGUGCAGAGCGUUGACUGACAGCCAGAGGCUGCUGCACGCACAGGUGGUGCUCAGGAGCACGGUGCCAAUAAAUCUGUAUUUAACAAAUGCUAUAUUUACAGUUUGGCUGCCUGACAACAUUCCUUAUGUGAAAAAAGUGGGAGUCUGUUUAAAAAAAAGUCCCAACAUAUUGUAAAAAGGUGGGAAAGUUGAUCUCUCAGGCAAAUGAUUUUCAACAUCCAUGAGGCUGUAUUGAGUCAACAUGAGUUUAUUUUACUUUUGAGCAAACAUUAAUAACCAGUUUUAUGUCAAAAUCUGGAUAAUAAGAUGAUUUGCUAAUAAAUAAUACAAAUGUCUUGUCCCAGUUGUUAUACUUAAUACUAUUUUAAAAGUGAGGCGGAAUGUGGGUGAAGUCUUGGGAAGGGAGGGCUAUGAGUUGCCACGAGAAACAUGUAUUUAUUACUUGAUUCAAGGCCUUUAAAUUUCAUUAGACAUUGUACUACUACCCUUUAUGGGAUUGAUUAUGAAGGAGGUAAAACAAGGCAAUGUAAGCUGUAUAAAUCUCUAUGAUCAAGAUUUUUAUUGUUAUUUUCAAAUAAAUAACCCUGCUGUUAUUUUCCGAGAGAUGAUGUGCUAUUCGAAGUAUUGUAUUUUUUGCCAUUAGCAGAAACAGUAGCUUAGCUUGUAGAAACAAAGACGAGACACUGCAGACAAGUCAUUCUGUAAGAAUGUGCAUUCUAGUAUUAUUGUAUGACUGUUAGCGUGUUUGUUUUAUUACCUGUUGUACAUCAUAGGGCUUUACAGACACUGCGGGGCUCACUGUUUGUAGAACUGAAACGCAGCACUUCAGCCCUGCUGCAUUCUCUUUUUAAUCCCUCGAAUAAAUAUUUCAGAAACUCUUCAUCUGUGUUAUUACAAUUAUUGUUUGACAGAUUUUAAACUCUCUUUUCUGUUCAUGAAUUUCAAUAAACAAACACUACAUGUGG